AACAGAUUGCAACUACAACAACUAUGAAAUGAAGUGGUCUCUCGAGUUUUAAUACAUAAUGCUAUUAAUUAAUACAUGGUUUUAAUUACCACCCUAUUUAAAUAAUUCAAGCAAUUUGAGGCAGUUAUGAAAACCUAUCGACAGACCUCUACGCACCUACUCUAGUUCUCAUGGGGUAUUAACUCAAUCACCCUAUGCCCCCUGCAUAAAACGGACAAGAUAAAGUCACACAUAAACAACAUGAGAAAGAUGUUGCCUGGUGUGGGAGUCUUUGGCAACACUCCUGCCAUGAGGUGUUAUAUUCCUAUGUUAAAAUCGUGUGGCUUAGAAGUCGUGGCUUUAUGGGCCAGGACCCCAGAGGAAGCAAAAGAACUUUCAGAAGAUUUGGGGAUUGAUAUGUAUACUACAGAUGUUGACAAGGUUUUGCUGCACAAAGAUGUGGACCUUGUGGUUAUAAGCUGCUCACCCCACCUACAAGCUCACAUCGCAGCCAAGGCUCUCGGCAUAGGGAAACAUGUUCUUUGUAGCCCCCCUUCAGGUCCUCGGAGCAGAGACACAUUGCCUAUGGUUCACGCUUCAAGGUAUUACCCCAAACUCAUGUCACUGAUGUGCAAUGGCCUCCGCUUUUUACCAUCUGUUGUUAAGAUGAGAAGUCUUAUAAAAGAUAGUUUUAUAGGGGAUGUUACAAUAUGUGAGGUUAAAGUUCAUUAUGGUCAGAGGUUGAAGCACACCUUUGAUUGGAUGUGUGAUGAAAUGAUGGGAGGUGGUGUCCUCAAUAUGUAUGGUGGGAUGAUUGUGGACAUUUUAAGUCAUGUAACUGGCCAGCGUGCUAUAAGAGUACAAGGUAUGUUGAAGACUUACACUAAACAAACUGAGUUUGUUAAAGGCAUUCGAGAAAUCACAAGUGACGAUUUCUGCUCCUUCCAAAUGGAGAUGGAUGGUGGCGCUUGUGCUACAAUAACAUUAAAUGGGCACGUCCCUGGACAGUUUGUGCAAGAAAUAAUUAUUGUCGGCACUAAAGGGCGAUUGGUGUUAAAAGGAUCUGAUUUAUAUGGCCAAAAACAUGACAGAGUCAAAGAAGACUUAUUACACUUUGACCCUGUGAACUACAAGGAUAUAGAAUCUAUUGGAAUACAUGAGAAAGUUAGGGGCGAAAUCCCUGUCCCAUACAUGAAGGGUGUGAUCAAGAUGAUUGAAUCUGUGCGGGACGCCUUUCAGCAAGUUGAAGAACGCCAGGGCUGGAGCCCCGAACCACUUGAUGCGGCGGCCACGUUUGAGGAUUGUUUUUAUGUCCAGACAGUUCUGGACACUGUGAGAUCUGCAAGCAAGGUGCGCCAGUCUAUGAAAGUGAUUAUGACUGACACUGAGCCAGAGCCCAAUCCAUUUCUAUCUACAGCCAUGAGGAGAAGCACAUUCUCCUUGCAUUGAGCAGUGACUGAUUUGAUUUUUUUCAAUGUAUUUUUAUUUAUCCUAUUUAAUUCUAGAUCACUUUUAUUACUCAGGGUUAAUUUUUUUUUAAAUUUUCUUAUUUAAAAAGUCAAUAUCUUGUAAAUCUUUUAACCAAAAACAAUAAAACUUUUUUUUUUUUAAUUUUAUUACUAAAUAUUAAAUUUUUACUAACAAGCUGUUGCAAUAAAAAUGUAUUAUGACCACUCUGUUUUGUACCUAACAAUUAAACAAAUUCCAAUUUUAAAGGCAGCUUGUUUAAUUGUACUAUGAUUUCAAAACAUUUAGGAUUUUAAGUGGAGACAAACAAUACUAUACAAAAAAACCUAUGGACAUUUUGUUUUGUAGUGGGUUUUUUAUGCGACUUUUUUAUAUGAAUAUUAUUAUGACUAUCUGAGAAACAUUUUUGGUGUUUUUUUUAACUAUUACCUGGCUUGGAAGUCAGGAAGAUUGUUCUUUGUGUAUAUAUGGAUAAAUUGCAUUUUUAUUAUUACUGAUUUGUUAUAGUAUUGCAAAAAUGUUUAAAUAUAGUAUUUUCUUUUUCAUACACUAUCUGGAAAGUCUAUUUAAGUUUUUUUUUAAUAUGGAAACUACUUUUUUGAUCAACAUCACAUUAUGUGACCAACCUUUCUUCUGACAGAACAACUCCUGUACUAGUAAUAUUGCAUAUUGCUCAGCAACUAUUUACUACAGCAUAGCUAUUGUGUAAUAACUGACUCUUAUUCACGAUUAUUUUUCAGGCUCCUUUUUUUAUUUCAGUUCAAAACACCAUUUGUUUUAACUGCCAGUGUAAUUUCUUUGGCUAGAUAUUCUUCCUUACGCUAUAGAAAUUAGAUUUAUAUUAUUAUUAUAUAUAAACAAUUUUUGUACACCUUUAUAAAUAUAUUGCUGCUAGAAUAAGAUCUGAUUCAAUUUCUGUGUACAACAACUUUCUAUGCUGUUAUUGUCCUAAUUGAUUAAUCUCUAGUCUGCAGUUUGUUAUGUAUAGAUUUGCUUUUGUUCAUCAUUGGUUUAGUUUUAUAAAAAGGUUCUUAAAUCAUGUCUACCCUUAUCUCCAUACAUUAAAUGUAUAUGAAUGUAGUGAUAAUUAUGAUUUUAAAUAAUGCAUUGUUUUUAAUAGAUCUUAUUAAUUUUAUUUGUAAACUUAGCGUUGCUUGCAGUAGCAUAAAAGAGCACCAAAGCUGUUUCUGUUUGAAUCAGAAACACAGAAUUAAUCAAACUUAUUACUAACAUCAUAUACUUAGACUAAAAUUCCUCAUCUUCCAGUUAAUUUUGUCUGUUGGACCAAAAAAAAAAACACACUAGUAGAGACUAACAACUGCUGAUACACUAUUAUUUUAAAAUCUUUCUGGCUGAUUGCUUGUUUAAGAAUUACAAAUGGUUUUUCUUUUUUUUUGUGAAAGGCUUGUAGUAGAAUAUUUCUUAUUCAGACUACUAGAACCUACUCAUUUGAUGUUUGGGUACUUGAUCAUUUAAAUAAAAAUAAAUGUCUUUUAUGUUAUAUAUUAUUUGGACAAGAUACAAUAUGUAAUACAGUAUUUAUAGAUGUUUAUACUAUUUUCUAUUAUAACAUUGUUAUGUACUUAUUGUGUUCACACAUUUAAAAUGGCCUCAGCAUUUUACCCAUUGCAUUCCGUUAGUGUUGAUGUUAAUGAAUAUAAUUAAUUAUUAAAAAAAAAUAAUUCUUAUUUAACCCAAAUGAAAGUUUUUCAUAAUACAAAAGAGAAAUAAGCAGGUGCGUGGAGGGGAAACCCCAUUAGUUAUUCUCCUAAUUUUAAAGUUUUCAGAUUUUCAUAUUAAAAAUACAAUAAAAAAGAAACAUCAUUUUAAAGAAUUUUUCAUCACUACCCAUUAGUUAAUGAAAGUUAUAUCUGGUGUGCAGUAUAUAAAGCUUAGUCGCAAAUUGCUGUUUGGGGCUUAAAGUGUUAAAGUAUAUUACUGCUCUGUGGUGUUGUGGUUACAUAUAUAAAAAGCUUAUUUCUAAAUAAGGCUGUGUAUUUUAAGGAUCAAAAUCUAUAUUGUUUAAA